AUUAGUGUUAUUGUUGAAAAUGGCGGCGAUCGGAAUGGUGCAGAUGUUGAUUGAAGCAGCUGAGUACCUCGAUCGUAGGGAAAGAGAAGCUGAGCAUGGCUAUGCCUCUAUGCCACCCUUCAUCAGCAGCCGGGAGAGGGAAAGCCUCAAAAGGAAAAACAAGGGCAAGAAAAACAUAAGUAGCAGGUCUACACACAAUGAGAUGGAAAAGAACAGACGGGCACAUCUACGGCUGUGCCUGGAGCGCUUGAAAUCUCUCGUUCCUUUGGGACCAGAUGCCAACAGGCACACCACCCUCAGCCUGCUGAUGAAGGCCAAAGAACAUAUAAAGAGGCUAGAGGAGAGCGAUAGGAGAGCUCAGCACACCUUGGAGCAGCUACAGCGGGAGCGGAGACACCUGAGGAGACGCCUGGAGCAGCUUGGAGUGGAACGGACCCGCAUGGACAGCACCGGCUCCACCCGCUCCUCGGACAAGUCCGACUCUGACCAGGAGGACCUGGACGUGGACGUGGAGGGGACGGACUACCUGCUGGGUGACCUGGAGUGGAGCACCAGCAGCGUGAGUGACUCAGGGGACGAGCGAGGCAGCCUGCGGAGCAGCUGCAGUGACGAGGGCUACUCCAGCGCCAGCCUGCAGCGCCUGCAGGACACUCAGGAGACGGCCAAGCAGCUGGGCUGCAGCCUAUAAAUGUCCCGGACCGCCGAGCUGACACCCACCCACCCCACCUCCACCCAAAAUCUGCAUCUCACCACUUCUACCUGCUCAGACCCCGCUCCCCUCCACCUCGCCCCCUUAGUCCCACCCCGCUGUCCUCUUCUCCUCUGCAGCUGACUUCCACUCAGACUGCAGCAGCUCAAAGACGCCCACGCACAUUCAGCUCUUCUUCUUCUUCUUCAUCAUCAGCGGUCAGUCUUAAGGGCAUUGCCCGCUCCGCUCCUCUCCGCUCUGUGCCAAUCAAACGAGUGGGAUUUGAAAGACACUCCGCCCCCUUUUCGUCUCUCCGUCCUCCAGAAACACAACUUUCAGCCAGAGAAUGUUACCACACAAUGUCCCACUGCCUCUUUUUCUACGCCUCAAGAGCCAUGGGAAGCACUUCUAAGAGAUUAUUCUCUUGUAUCACACACACACACACACACACACACACACACAUAUAUACACGUAUAUAUAAACACACGCAUACACAUUUCCAUCUCUCCCAGUUGUGAGACCUGUCCUCGGUGAAGUGGGGCCCGUUUUUCUGCCCCUCUCGCCACUAAAACAUCAGUGCAUGGUACCUUGCACUUGAAAUUGCUUUUGUAAACAAAAACUGUCAUCUUUUUCAAACGCCGUCUCUUGUAAAGCCCCGCCCCCUCCCAGAUGAAGUGAAUGUUUGUGAAACAUGUCAGCCGGCAGACUCUGUGGACGCUAAACCAGACCGACCGCACGUCGAGUUUAAACUAUCUGAGCCGGCAGCAAUACAUCCUGUGGUGACUGAAGCUUUAGACGGCAGGCUCCUUUUGUGAUUUUUUUUUUUUUUUAACGUCCACCUCUGCCGUUCGCGGCGAGAAGGGAGAAAAAACGAAAUGAUGCGAGAUUGUGAAGAUGUUUGCGGGUUUUCGAUGGGUUCUGCCUCUCUCUGACGACGGUGGCGUUUUUACAGCGUUCCCCUUUUUAUUUCCCCGCCCCCUUAAACGGGCGACGGCCAUUAACCUGUUUUUUUUUUUUGCCAGGUGCUAGUACAUUGUUGUACGCUAAUCUUUCACUGCCCCAGCUGUUAACAGGAAGGGAAAAGCCCAUCUACCUAAAAGCAGUCAAGAGACUUGAACACAUUCCACGACAUAAAGAGGAGAAGCUGGUGAGACUGAGAUUAUUAUUAUUUUAUGUGUGUUUUGAAAGUGGGCAGUCACGUUAAUUACAUGAAGGUUGAGUUUGGGUCAGGAUAGGGUGUUUUUUUUGGGUCGUUUUUUUUUAGCGGGAACACUUAGUCAGAGGCCCAAAGUUUUCUGUGUUUUCUCCUCUUAAAAAGCACUAAAAUGUUAAAAACCACAGAAAAAUAAUCCUUUGCCUUGCCAUCAUAGCUAUUUAUUAUUUCUGGACAAAUGUACACCUUUUAAUGUAAAUAGUUCUCAGAAAGAGUUCUAUGUCUAUCACCAAAUGUAUUUAUUAGAUAUCCUAAAUAUAUAGAUGAGUCUAUAAAAAAAAUAUAUAUAUAUAUUUAGUCAUAGCUUCUGUUCAUUUUUGUGAGUUUUAUGGAGAGUUUCCUACAGCAUAGUUGGUUUGCACAGCAAAGUCAAUCCUUAGAAUCCUUAGAAAAGUCUCUUGUGCAUUGAGGCGUUUGUGUCUGUUGAAUUUGGCAGUUUAAUCGUGGUUCCUUUUCUUUUUUUUCUUUUUUUUUUCUUCUCGUGUUUAAAAGCAGUCCUGUCCGGUUAAGGGUGUGGGGGACUGGAACAAAAAAAAAAAAAAAAAAAAAA